AUGCCUCCCCGUCAUAGUAUGAGAUUGCGAGCUGACGCCGACCCCGCUCCCGGAGGGGUGGGCGGGGUCCAAGCUCCGCCACCCCAACACCUUCAUACACCCCAGAGCGAGGCUCGCUUCAUCAAGGAUUUCAAGCGCUACGGACCCCCAACCUUUGACGGCGAGAGUGAAAGAGCGACUGCAGUGGAAGAGUGGAUUAGAGAGUUGGAAGCCCUUUACGCGUAUCUUGGUUGCGAAGACCAAUUCAAGGUGAAGGGCGCGGUUUUUAUGUUAAGGGGCGAGGCCCUGAACUGGUGGGACUCAGUAGCAGCGGCAGAGGAUUAUGCGAAUGUACCAAUUCCGUGGGCAAGGUUCAAGAACUUGUUGUACGACUACUACUAUCCGGAGACUGUGAAAGACAUGAAGGAGGCAGAAUUCCUGCAUCUAGUCCAAGGAACUUUAUCGGUGGCACAGUAUGAAAGGAAGUUCACGGAACUCUCCCGUUUCGCUCUAGAGUUGAUUCCCACUGAGGCAUUAAAGAUCAAGAGGUUUGUUAAAGGCUUGCGCAAGGGAAUCAGAGGCCCGGUGGACCUCCAGCGACCCACCACCUAUGCUGAAGCGGUUAGGGGCGCCUUGGUUAUGGAUAAGGAUGUUUCCAACAAGGCCUCACCCCUGCCAGAGGUCGGAUCAUCUUCAGGUGUGAAAAGGAAGUUCCCUUCGACUUAUGCCGACCUGGUAUUGAGAGCACCCCAGCGCCAGGCUCAACACCAGGGCAUGCCGCCAGUAUGCCCCACCUGCCAGAAAAGACAUACGGGGCAGUGCUGGACAGGAAGUAAGGGUUGUUUCAGGUGCGGAAGAGAGGGGCAUUUUGCAAGGGAAUGUCCCAUGUCGGCCGCAAAUACACAGAGGUUGGGUCAGAGGAUUCCACCACCAGUUUCGACGCAGGGAAAUAACCAAAGGGCUCGUGUCUUCGCACUUACUCGCAAGGAAGCGGCGGAUGCCGAAACGGUGGUCACAGGUACUGUUUUAGUCCAUGAUGUGCCUGCGUAUGUAUUGUUUGAUUCGGGGUCAAGCCACACUUUCAUCUCUUCUACGUUUGUUCGUCAGGCAACCCUCGAAUUAGAGCCGUUAGGGUUUUUGUUGUCGGUUUCUACACCAUCAGGGUCGAUUUUGAUCGCUAGCCAAAAGGUGAGGGCAGAUGAGUUGUCUUUUGAUAAUCAGACUCUAAGGGCAAGACUAAUCCAGCUGGACAUGUAA